CCGUGGUGAGGGGCAGCCACGCGAUCGCCCCCGCGUUCCGCGCCGCUCUGUCACCGUCCGGGAUAACGGGAGACCGCGGUGCGGAACGGCCGGGAGCUGCGGGGCCCCGCGAGCUUUUCGCGAAGGCACCUCCGCGGGCAGCCCCGUGCAGGAAGGCCCCCGCGAGGUCCCCGACCCGCUCGUCAGCCAUUGGUCGCUGCCCCCCUCUUCCGCGCGCCACUUCCUCUCAUUGGCUGCCCCCCGCUCCGCCGCCACGCGAUUGGCCCGGCCCGCCGUCCGCGCGCCGCACGCCAUUGGCUGUCCCUCCCUUGAGGGGCGGGGCGCCUCCUAGCCCCGCCCGGCGCCUAUAUAAGGCGGCGCAGGGGGCGACGCGCCUGCCAUCGCGGGAGGGAGGUGGCGAACGCCGCACGGUCCCGCUCCGGCUGCGGGGGACGCGCGAAGGCGGAGGGCGGUGGGCGGAGCGGCGCGCGGGGCGGAGCGGCGUGCGGGCCAUGAUCGAGAUGGCGGCCGAGCCCGACGCCUUCCGGGCCCCGCCGCCACCGCUGCGGCCGGGAGAACCCCCGGGAGGGCCUCCACCGGGACCCGCCGCCCCGUCCGGGCCCGCGCGGCGGAGGGGCCGUGAGGAAGGGGAGGGCGGCGGGGAGGCCCCGAGGCCGAGGAACGGCUUCCGAGCGGCGGGAGGAGGAGGAGGAGGAGGAGGAGGCGGAGGGGGAAAGCGGCGGAGCAGCUGCGCCGGCCCCAAGCAGCCUCCGUGGAAGCGGCGCCGGAGGGCGGCCUCGGAGUGCGACCCGGCCCUGCCCUCCGAGUUCCUGCUGGGGGGGAACAUCUUCGACCCCCUGAACCUCAACAGCCUCCUGGACGAGGAGGUGAGCCGCGCCCUCAACGCCCGCACCCCCCAGUCCUCCCCCCUGCCCGCCCGCGGCCGCGACCCCGUCGAGAUCCUCAUCCCCCGCGACAUCACCGACCCGCUCAGCCUCAACGCCCCCGGCGACGGCCUCCGCCUCGCCCCCCCCGCCAAGCCCACCCGCCGCCGGCACCGCCACCGCGGCCAGCAGCGCGCCGGCAACGCCGCCGCCGUCAGCGCCGAGCCCGGCAAACCGCCCGACGAGCCCGGCGUCGCCGUCACCAACGCUUCCAGCACCGCCAGCACCGCCUGUUCCAACAGCCGGCACCGCAAGCGGCGGAGGACUUGCAGCAAAUCGGAGGCCGCCCGCCCGCCCGCUUCGCCGGAGAAAGGGAAAAGCGGCACCGGGAGCACCGGGCCGGCGGCAGCGGGAGGAGGAGGAGGAGGAGGAGGAGGAGGAACGGGCAAAGCGGCCCAAGCGGCGCCGCGCCGCCGGAAAGCGCAACGUUUCCAAUACGGGAAUUACUGCAAAUAUUACGGGUACCGCAACCCCGACUGCGAGGACGGCAGGCUGAGGGCCAUGAGGCCCGAGUGGUUCGCCGGCAAAGAGGUGCUGGACGUGGGCUGCAACGUGGGGCACGUGACGCUGAGCAUCGCCAAGCGCUGGGGGCCCGCCCGCGUGGUGGGCUUGGACAUUGACGGCGCGCUCAUCCGCUCGGCGCGCCAGAACAUCCGCCAUUAUUUGUCGGAGGAGAUGGCGGCGGCCGAGGGAGGGGGGAGGAAGGGGUUCCCGGCGGCGCUGCUGGCCAGCAGGGGACCCAUCGCCGCCCCACGGCUGCCCCCCGACGGGCCCGGGGCCGCGGAUUUCCCCCAUAACGUCGUGUUCGUGACGG